CCAACCCCUCCUGCCACCAGAGAGGAGCCUCAUGUUGGGCAGGUUGGAUGCACGCCGUGGCCACCUUCGAGGAAAGCCUCUUGAAUAAGGAUGAUUGCUCAGCUGUUACCCACGGAAGAGUCUGUCUGUGAGGAUAUUCCUGUGCUCAGAGGUGUCCCUGCUCCCUUACGAUGCACAUACAUCACCCUGGGGGUUGCUGAGGCUGUUCUGUGCAGGAGGCAUUGCUGAGAGAUCCCCUUGCAGCAAUGGACUUGGAGAAGCACUCCGUGUGGGGAUCCCUCAAGCAGAAGACGCGGCCGUUCCUGCGAAACCUGAGCGUGAGGAAGACGAAGAAGAGGUCUGGCAAAAUGCUGGAGAGGAAGGGCCGCUCCUUGGACCGCUGUCUCAGCGUGUCAGUGCCUGACAUGCUGGAGGUGGAGACCCUCAUGGAGGAGGAAGAAGAGGAAGAAGAAGAAACGGCCUACUCGAGCGCUCAGGUGCUGCCGAGCUGCUCCCCCAGGAGCUGUUCGGGGUCGGCGGUGCCCCUGCGGAGCAGGGCCGCGGUGCCGGCGGCGGGAGAGGAGUGGCUGUGGCCGUCCCGGCAGGGCACGCGGGCGGAGGUGGCGGUCACCGCCGAGGCCAGGCCGGCCGCGGGCGCUCGCCCGGCGUCCCCACGCGCGGCCGAGGCCGGGGGCAGCCCCGUGUCCGAGGGGAAGAGGAAACCCGGCGAGGACCUCCUGGAGCUGCUGCAGAGCUCCCGCCGGAGCAGCCAGGGCACGGAGUACCCGUGUGGAGAAAUGGAUUUUGACUCUUCCCUAUCAUCUCAAAAUUUUGAUGACCAAAUGGCUGUGGAGGAAGCAAACGACUGCCUGAGUGACCUGCCCAGCCCCUUUGCCUACCUGCUGACCAUCCACCUGAAGGAAGGCAGGAACCUGGUUAUCAGGGAUCGCUGUGGUACAAGUGACCCAUACGUGAAGUUUAAACUGAAUGGCAAAACCCUCUACAAAAGUAAGGUAGUGUACAAGAACCUCAACCCAGUUUGGGAUGAAACAGUUGUGCUGCCCAUACAGACCCUCGAUCAAAAACUCUGGAUCAAGGUGUACGAUCGUGAUUUAACCUCUUCAGACUUCAUGGGUUCGGCAUCUGUAGCGCUCACUGAACUUGAACUUAAUAGAACUACUGAACAGGUUUUAAAACUGGAAGAUCCCAACAGUUUAGAAGAUGACAUGGGAGUGAUUGUAUUAAACUUGAGUCUAGCAGUCAAGCAAGGAGACUUCAAGAGAAAUAGAUGGUCAAGUCGAAAGAAACGAACUUCAUCCAAGUCGAGUUUCACGCGGAGCAUGCGGCUCUCGGAGUCUCUGCGCAAGAACCAGCUGUGGAACGGGCUGGUCACCAUCACCCUCUUGGAGGGGAAGAACAUGCCCAGAGGGGGCUUGGCAGAGAUCUUUAUUCGCCUCAAACUGGGAGAUCAAAGAUACAAGAGCAAGACACUGUGUAAGAGUGCAAAUCCUCAGUGGAGGGAACAGUUUGAUUUUCACUACUUCUCUGACAGGAAGGAUAUGUUGGACAUUGAGGUGUGGAGAAAGGAUAACAAAAAGCAUGAGGAGCUUUUGGGAACAUGCCACGUUGACAUUACUGCCCUGCCAACAAAGCAGACCAACUGCUUGGAGGUGCCUCUGGAAAAGCAUCCAGGGUCCCUGCUGAUGCUGAUUGCUAUUGCCCCAUGUUCAGGAGUGUCCAUCUCUGAUCUGUGUGUCUGUCCUUUGGCAGACCCCAAUGAACGGCAACAGAUUUCUCAGCGUUAUUGUAUAAAGAAUUCCUUUCGGGACAUAAAGGACAUUGGCUUCUUACAAGUCAAAGUUUUAAAAGCAGUGGACCUGAUGGCAGCAGAUUUUUCAGGCAAAAGUGAUCCUUUCUGUGUCUUGGAGCUGGGGAACGACAUGCUUCAAACACACACCGUUUACAAGAACCUCAAUCCAGAGUGGAACAAAGUUUUCACAUUCCCUAUUAAAGAUAUUCACGAUGUUCUGGAAGUGACAGUGUUUGAUGAAGAUGGAGAUAAACCCCCUGAUUUCCUUGGAAAAGUUGCCAUCCCUUUGCUGUCUAUUAGAAACGGUAAACAAAGUUGUUACACACUGAAGAAUAAAGACUUGGAACGUGCUUCAAAAGGAGUAAUUUACUUGGAGCUGGAUGUCCUAUUUAAUCCUAUAAAAGCAAGUAUUAGAACAUUCAAGCCUCGAGAAAAACGCUUUACUGAGGAGAACCGCAAAUUUUCUAAAAAGAUCUUAUCAAGAAAUGUUGAUCGCGUGAAAAAAAUCACCAUGGCAAUAUGGAAUACAAUACAAUUCCUUUGGAGCUGCUUUCUCUGGGAGUCCACGGUAAAGAGCCUGAUAGCAUUUGUGGUGUUUGUGGUCACCGUCUGGACCGUGGAGCUGUACAUGGUGCCCCUGGCUUUGCUGGUGCUCUUUGCAUACAACUUCUCCCUCGUCACCACAGGGAAGGUCAAUAAUGCCCAGGAUGCCCAGGAGCUUAUGGGCUUGGAUGAAGACGAGGAUGAAGAUGAUAAGGAAUCUGAGAAAAAGGGGCUAAUUGAGAGAAUCCACAUGGUCCAAGAGAUCAUCAUAGCUGUUCAAAGCAUCCUGGAAGAAAUAGCAUCGUUUGGAGAGAGGAUUAAAAACACAUUCAACUGGACGGUGCCUUUCCUCUCUGUCCUGGCCUGCUUGGUCCUGGCAGCAGCAACAGUUAUUUUGUAUUUUAUACCACUGAGGUACAUUGUUUUAAUCUGGGGCAUAAAUAAAUUUACUAAGAAGCUUAGAAAUCCCUAUGCCAUCGACAAUAAUGAGCUACUAGAUUUCCUCUCCAGGGUACCAUCUGAUGUUCAAAAGGUGCAGCACGCCGAAUUGAAGCCAUCCAGCAGCUCCAGCCCCAUCAGGAAGAAGCGGAGCACGCUGUAGGAUGCAGCGGGGUUGGGAAUGCAGCACCUCCCUCCCUGCACAGGCGUGCACACACAGCUCCCCUCCCCUCCUUCUCGCUUCAGAACAACACCACAGCCACUGCCACAGACUUUCUCUUGCUUGGAAGAUGUGGUUUUUGAUAAACGCCUGUCUUGGGUUUCUUUUCUGGGUUGUCUUUUGGGCGUGGAAUCCCAAAAAAACAGCAAGGUGAAGCGUGAAUUAGUUUGUGGGAUAGGGAGGAGAAUGGGAGAGGAUGGUGCAACUGCACCUUUUAUUUUUCUCUUUUUUUUUUUCCCCCCUUUGAUUGCAGAGACAAGGCUGGAUGUGGCAGCACUCCCUGUGUUAUGUAGGAAGAGAUAAUUCUGCUUAGUGUAGAAGAUCAGCUGAGCUGAUGUGAGGAGAUGCUCUGAACCAGUUUUUAACAUAUCCAACAGAUUUACAUUAAGAUAUGAAAGCUAUUCUUUUCUGAGUUAAAUCACUGUGCCUAGAAAGGUUUAAGCUCUGAAUUAACGAGUCUUUGAUACCCAUCUUCUGUUCAAGCAGUGUACAUUUUAAAAAGUUUUUUAUCAUAAUUAGCAGAAAGAGCUAGGAGCUCCAAGAGUAUCUCAA